AAUCCACACCUCGGAGCUCCCAACAUCCACCCACUCCGACUACAACUCAACACGACCGACGCGCCCCGCCAGAGAGAGAGUAGACGAAUACACGCCACCGGUCAAGAAUCAAAAGGUCCAAAAUAGACCGUACCGCCCGACAUCAUGUCGACGGAUUACAACUACGACGAUAAGGGACAAUUCUUCCCCUACUUCGUCCUGACCAUCUCAGGGCUGGUAUUGGUCCCAUUAACAUACUCGACCUUCAAGCCCAGUAGACAGCUCGGAACUUCAAAGGAACCUUUAAUAAAGUGUCCCGACUACUCUCCACCGCAGCAUGAAACCGUCGAUGCUGCCCGCCGGCGGCAGGCCAAGAGAGAACGCCGGCUGAAGCGCUUCACUGCGCUCGUUCUUGGGUGGGCUCUGUUUGGCUACAUGUGCUAUCUUGUUGCUACCAGUGAGGCUAUCACCGCGGCCAAGCUAUGGAAUCCGUACCAGAUUUUGGGAAUCAGCGAGUCCGCCACCGAGAAAGAAAUCAAGUCUCAGUAUAAGAGAAUGUCCCUAAAGAAUCACCCUGACAAAAGGCGCCCAACUGGCAACGAGACGAUCGAGAUGCUCAACGACAAGUUCGUGGAAAUCACUAAGGCCUACAAAGCUCUGACCGAUGAGGAGAUCCGCAACAACUUUAUCCAGUAUGGCCACCCCGACGGUAAACAGUCCUUCUCUAUUGGAAUCGCACUGCCAACGUGGAUCGUCGCUUCGGGAAAUACCUACUACGUUCUUGCUGUGUACGGACUGAUAUUCGGCAUUCUCCUGCCCUACACCGUUGGAAAGUGGUGGUACGGAACCAAGAAGCACACUAAGGACGGUGUCAUGGUUGAGAGCGCUGGAAAGCUGUUCACGGAAUAUGACGAAUUCGCCGCGGAAGAUAAGCUCGUUGAGAUCUUAAGCGUUGGCGAGGAGAUGAAGGAGAUCACCGGUGGAGACCACGAGAAGGAUUGGGUCAACGGUGAAGAUGCCACUGUCGAGAAGAAACUUGCCCAAGCCGGACUGCCCGAGAAGGAGAUUGCUAUCUUGAACAAAUAUGAAGGAUGGAGACGCCGUGCUUUGGGCCUGCUCUGGGCUUACCUGUACCGCGUCGACCUUGAUAGUGAGAAGCUGGAAAAUGCUAAACUCGACGUUGCUCCUGCCGCGAUUGCUCUUAACCGUUCAUUCCACUCUAUCUGUCUGGCUUUCGGAAAUGUCCAGCCUCUGGUCGCUUCCAUCCGUCUUUCCCAGUACCUGAUCCAAGCUAUUGCCCCCGGUCAAUCGCCGCUCCUUCAGAUCCCUUACUUCACCAACAAGAUCGUCUCCUCUAUCGAGCGUGACGGCGGCAAAAACCACUGGACCGUCCAACGUCUGAUGUCCGUCCCGGAGGUUGAGCGUAAGAAGAUGUGCACCAGCAAGGGCCUACUCACCGAAUCACAAUACAAGACCGCCAUGACCUUCGCCAAUUCCCUGCCAGCCCUCAAGAUCGAAUCUGCCUUUUUCAAAGUCAUGGGCGAAAAGUUCAUCACCCCCUCGAGUCUGGUCCAGUUUGUCCUCAAGAUGCGUGUCGUCCCCCCCGGAUCCAAUCCCCCGCCCGUCAACCCUAAGGACCUCCUUGACGAGGACCCAGAUGAGACCGACGUUGAUGCUCUCCUUGGCCGUAAGUCUCGCUGGUCCGACAGCACCAAGGAAGGCGACGACGGUGUUGACCUGCCACUCUCCCAUGCGCCCUUCUAUCCCCGUGACCACCACCCCGCAUGGUACAUUACCCUCGUCGACCUCCGUCUGGGUAAACUCGUUGUCCCCCCACAGGCCAUCACUAGCUUCGAUAAGAGCCCCGAGGGCUUCGCGGUCGUCACGGCAAAGAUGCAGUUCCAGGCACCACCGCAGGCGGGCGAAUACGGCUUCACCAUGGUUUGUCUCUCAGACUCGUACAUCGGCCUCGAUAUCCAGCAGACAGUUACCCUUGUCGUCUCCGAUCCCAGCAAGGUUUCGAGAAUUGAGGAGGUGGACGAUAUCUCUGAGCCUGAAGAGGACUCUCUCGCCGGCCAAAUGUCUGCCAUGCGCGGCAGCGGUGCUCCCGUCAAGAAAUCCAAGAAGAAGGGGGCGGCGGAGACCAGCGAUGAUGACGAGGACGAGAGCGACACUGAGGGAGAACAGGAAGGCGUGAGUGAUACUGACACUGACACGGAUUCGGAGGAUGAGUCGUAGUGUAUCUUAUUGGUGUUUUUUCAUUUUCGGUU